CUGUUCAAGAUAUCAACAGUGUGUUGCAAACUGGUUCCUACAAAGAUCGUGACGCAGAAGCCAUAGUCGUCAAGGUUGAAGCUCCAAAAGCAUCAUGGAGUGAUUUCUGGGCUUACUUUGGCAAAUGGGAAAAUGGAAAGGUUUUGCUCGGAACUUCGGUCACCUGGUUUGCGCUCGACGUCGCUUUUUAUGGACUCGGCUUGAACAACACCAUCAUCUUGCAAACUAUCGGCUAUGGAAGCGGUACUCCGUACCAAACCUUGUGGAACGUCUCCGUCGGUAACAUCAUCAUUGCGCUAUUGGGAACGGUUCCUGGCUAUUGGUUCACUGUCUUCUUUAUUGACUCCUGGGGUCGAAUUCCAAUCCAAAUCAUGGGCUUCGUUCUCCUCACCAUCUUAUACCUUAUCCUUGGACUUGCAUUUACCCCAAUUAAGAAUACUUCUUCGGCCCUUUUCAUUUUCAUCUUCGCGCUUACACAGUUCUUCACAAACUUCGGGCCUAACGCAACCACAUUUGUCAUUCCGGGUGAAGUUUUCCCUACAAGAUAUCGAUCAACUGGUCACGGUAUCAGCGCUGCAUCCGGAAAAUUAGGUGCUAUCGUUGCUCAAGUAGGCUUUUCCCAGUUAAGGGACUUGAAUGGCAAGAACAAUGGCAUAGGUAUUCUACUGGAUAUUUUCGCCGUCUUCAUG